AUGGUAAAGGGUAUUAAAAAUGUAACAUGUAAAAAUGUAAGCUUAAUCCUUAUGAAGAAAGAUGACAAGGUUAUAUUCUAGAUUAAAAAGAGAAAAGGAAAGAAAGAAUAGAGACUCCGCAUGAUUUAGACUGAACAAGAUAAGGUCAGAGAAGCCUUUUAUAACUUAGAAUAUAAAAGAUAUUAGGAACGCAGUGUCAGUGGUAUAAAAAAAUUCUUAAACUUAUUUUACGUAUGA